AUGGCACAGUUAGUGGAGCAUGCCAUCAAUGUGAUAGAUUUCAAGUUCAAAUCCCGGCCAGCCUGCUUUCCGAAUGGCACGGUGGCCGUGGCUGCCCCCAAAGGCCACACGAAGCCAGAGGUGGACCUGUGGCGACUCGCCCUGAGGGAACGCUCGUGUGGCCCGGUGUAUGUCAACACCACCAAGGCCUACUUCGUGUUCACAGUCUCGAGCUGUGGUACAUCAAGAACGAUUGAGGGGGCGUUCUUGGUUUACGAGAACGAGAUCAGUCUGCAGAAAGAGCUGCUGCCCGAGGAGAGCCCUGUGAUCACGAGGGACCCAGAGUACAGGCUGAAGGUUAUUUGCCGCUAUCGCAUCAACGACACGGUGAUGAUCUCCAGCGUUGUGCAAGCCCGUAGGGGACCCACUGCUGACGAGCAAGUGGUCCCCGUGCCCAUCGUGAUGAAAAUAAGCAGAGCUGGUGGGCCCUUAAUGCUGCAACUUGACAUCAGGUUAUUCAAAGAUGCUGACUACACGUCCUACUACCUGGAUGAGGAGUACCCGGUGGUAUCGUAUCUGCAAGAGCCUCUUUAUUUUGAGGUGCGCCUCCUCGGCCUAGAGGACCAAAGCAUCGAGAUGUUUCUGGAGAAUUGCUGGGCCACCAACCUGCCUGCUGCAGACAGCCAACCUCGGUGGGACCUCGUCAUCAACAGCUGCGAGAACGCGAAUGACAACUACCUGACCAUUUUCCAUCCUGUGCCUCACAACUCGAGUGUGCCUUUCCCCCAAAACGUGAAACGGUUUGAGGUGAAGACGUUCGUUUUUGAAAUGGAUAUUGAGGCGGACUUCCAGGGCCAGCUCUUUUUCCACUGCAGUGUGGUGGUUUGUGACGCUGUGAACUUUGACGACGUCUGUCAGAUGGAUUGUAUACCCAACAGGAGACGAGUGGCCCGCAGUGGCCCGUCCCGGGGCGUGGCCUACGGCAGGGUGUCUUCGGGUGCCGUGAGCAUUUUCCCUCCGCUGGGAGAGCCGGACAUGCGCAGCGACGAACGCCGGCAGGCGAAGGCCAUGGAGGCCCGCACGGCCACGGGGCGGUGCCUGAUUCUCCUGUGCAGCUUCCUCGCCAUCGCCGCGCUCGCGUCCGCUGCCGUCUGUGUGGCGCGACUGGCUCGCGUUCGGCACCGCUCGGUCUCGUUCUCUUGGUAAAAAUGUCGCUUCGACGGCGGUCGAUGCGAUCCUGUCUGUACUUUAGCUAAAC